AACUUAAAGAUUAGCUUUGUUGUUUACUUUAUGCUAGUUUUUUUUCUUCUGAUUUCAACAACCCAUCAUGUGGAUGGAAAACGAAGCAUAUCAAAAACAGAAGAAGAUGAUGCAGAAAUUGAAAGGCAACUUAGAGUUUUGAACAAAAAGCCAAUCAAAACCAUUACUACUGAGAUUGGUGACAUAAUAGAUUGCAUAGACAUUUAUAAGCAACCGGCGUUUGAUAAUCCACUGCUCAAAAACCAUAAAAUCCAAAUGAAUCCUGACUCAAUUCCAAGAGAGACGACCAAUAAAGUCAUUUCAUCGUCCUCUAUAUUUGGUGGGCUUCAAAUGGAAAGAUGUCCUUCAGGAACAGUGCCUAUUCGCAGAACAACCAAAGAGGACUUGGUGAAUGCUAAAAAAAUUAUAAAGAAACCAAUCAAUGCAAACAAUACUUAUCCUAAUGCACCUACGACAAACCAGUUUGUCUUUAUUGAAGAAAUCAUUGAAGGGAAACAAUAUUUCGGAGGCAUGGCUUAUAUGUCUUUACAUGACCUUUCGGUAUUUCGUGACGAGUACAGUACUUCACAAAUUUGGCUACUCAAUGGACCUACCGAAAAAAUAAGUAGCAUUGAAUUCGGAAUAAUGCAUGAUCCUCUAUUAUUUGGUGAUAGUCGUGCUCGAUUAUUUAGUUCUUGGACUGAUGAUGGACAUCAAACAACAGGUUGUUAUAAUAUGAUGUGCCCCGGCUUCGUUCAAAUUAAUCGUGCUGUAACGUUUGGUCAACAGUUCCAAUCAUCAAUAUAUGGGCAAAUAUCAUACGAAUAUUUUUUUAUUGUACGCCGGGCCCCGAUAAGUAAAGACUGGUGGCUAAGCAUUGGAUUGAGCGCUGAAACAAGCGAACCAAUAGGAUAUUGGCCGAAGGAACUCUUUACACAUUUAGCCAAUAGUGCAUCGAAUUUACGAUAUGGAGGAUUUGCAAGUGCAAGAUCAAAAACAUCAACUCCGCCGAUGGGAAAUGGAUUUUUACCUCAACUUACUGACUCAAGAAAAACAGCUUUCAUGGCUAAAAUGAAGUAUGUAAACGAGACAGGACAUACGGUUAAUCUAGACCGAAGCUCAAUGCACACCCACCGUAGCGGAAAUCCCGAAUGCUACGAUAUUAUGUUGGCUAGUCCUUUAGGAGGUUUUGAUAUAACCAUGGCGUAUGGGGGACCUGGUGGUAUAUGUACCUAGCAUAAUGAGACCGUGAUUAUAUUUUUAUUACGGGAACAUAAUAAUAUUUGAGUUUAUAUAUAUUGUUAUAAUUUUGUUUUCCUUAA